GCAGUUUGUUGCUGUUGCCUGAAGCGGUCACUGCUCUCUCUUUUCCUUCUAGAAGUUAGAAAAACAAUAUUUCAGAGCACUCUCCCUGUAUUUCUCGGCAUUUUACUUAACCUGCGGCGGCGCCUCAGGAUCUCGAGGAGUGGCGAAACUUCCCUGGACUUGGAGAAAAACAAGCCGAGAGGAGGCAAGGGGGGAGGACGUUGCUGGAAACCUCUUUGGGAAGCUGGAGACCUUCUCGGGAUGCCUGCCUUACUCUCCUCCAGCAGCUAUUCAGAUCUCCCCGGGCCAAGGCAGCUCCCUGCCACGGCGUGUCUGCAUUAAGCGGGUCCGAGGGGCGCGGAGAGCCGCGGUGCCGUGAGGAGCAGCCCGGGAGCGCCUCUGGCUCUGCCCGUGUCCCUAAGGUCCCGCAGGGCUGGGGGAUGCGGCACCUUGCCCUCGCUAUGCCCCUGUGCCGUCCAGCGCUGGAGUUGGCUGUCAGAGAAACCUUGGAGGUCCCCUGCUCAGCCCCGGUAGUGUCAUGAGUUAGAUUAGUUGGAGCUGUGCUGGGGGCGGUGAGGGCUUGGAUUACAGUCCAGAACUCAAAGUGCUUCGGUGGUUCACGUCGGAGGGGAGAGGAGACGCCCCGUCGCACACAUGGAGGAAAAAGAGAAAAAACGCUGUCUUUGGAAGUGAGGGGGAAGAAAGGAGGCCGGGAACAUGGACUCGGAGUCACUGGACGGCUGCAUUCAGAGCACGUUAUCAGCACUCUACCCUCCAUUCGAGGCUACCGCAGCCACUGUUCUGUGCCAAGUUUUUGAUGUGGUGGAGAAGACGUACCGUGGGGAUGGACUGCACUACCUCAUAGACUUCCUGAUUCCAGCCAAGCACAUCCUGCAGUGCAUUCAGCAGGAUGCCUGUGCUCCGUACUGCGGGUUGCUGUUUCGCCACGCGGGCUGGCCCCUGUGUAUUCAAGAGAAGAUUGUAAUCCAGCUAGCUUCCAUUGACUGGCAAAUCUUGAAGCCUGGUGACUUCUACCUGCAGGUGGUCCCCUCUCUGAAGAAGCCUCCACGAAUUGUAUUGAAGUGUUUGGCAAAAGAUAAGCAUAAUGUAGAAGAAGUGGUGAUUCCAGAAGUUUCAUAUACCUCUAUAUUUACUCUGGAAUGGUUGAGUACGUUCAAUGGAGAGCGGAUGGGCAUAGCACUGGAAAAUUGUUUACUAACCACUGAUGACAAAAUAUUUCGCGUCCCCUGGGAUAAAGUGGUUAAUCCUGAAUUUAUAAAUAAACCAAAAAUAAUUGAAAACAAUGUCAUCUCUUCAGAAAUAACAGAGGAACGUUCAAUUUUGUGCCUCCCCGCGGACCGUACUGAGUGUGGUUCACCAGACCUGAGGUCUCAGUAUCUACAGGAACUAAGCUCAAAUCGAGACAACUCUGUCAUUAGCAGCACAGUGCCACAGUUAAACGAAGCUCUAGUCAAUGGUGUCUGUACGAGUCCUGUGACUCAAGAGAACUUGGAAAGUGACCUUGAAGGGGAGUACGUUGAGCUGGCAGAAGUUUCACUGCCCAGACUUGGGCCACAAACAGGAUCUUUAACACAGUCGCUGGCAUUAAGUUAUUUAACUCAGCCCAGGGCACGAGUGAAUGAGUCUACAGGCAAGCACAGAUUUAUUGUCAUACAAGACAGCACCUACUCCAAGAACUUAAUUCAGUCAGCACUUAUGCAGAAAGAGCACUGUCAAAUGGACACUCUGAGCACUUCUACAGAAGUUCUCAAAAAUGUUACUCCAUUGGAAGGUAACAAAGUGAUGGCACAUGGAGAACUGUCCCCAGAAGGUCAGCUGAUACCAGCUGAUCUUGGAAGUAUGGGUGAUAACUUUCCUGUGGCUGAGCCUCCUGCCUGCCGUGCAGAAGAUUCAUCUGCAGAGCGGGAGACUCACAGUGAGCACUCACUGGAUUGGCGAUACGCACUGUGCAGCUACCCUGAUGUGUGUGCUGGAGAUGCUGUCAGCUGCAAGGCACGAGUGCCUGGUAGCCCUGGAAAUGUGGAGGGAGGAAGGGAUGGACCUAAUGAAAAUGCUGGUGUUGAAACAUUGGAGCAGAGCCCAGAAGUGAUUCUGGAUGCUACUGCUGCUAAAGAGGAAGUGAUGCUGGGAGUACACACAGAACCACUGACUGAGGGUCAAAAGGAAGUGACACUGAUGGAUGCUUCUUUUGUACCUGUCCUAGGGCCUUUGGGACCAUGUUGCACACUAAAGGAAGCUUCUGAUGUCUCUUGCCAGGUUGUCAGUGGAAGUGUUGAGCCAGUUGAGGUCACUACAUUGCCUGAGAAUUCAGAUGUAAGUGGGGAGAGAGGCUCUCCUUCAGGGAACAUGGCAGAUGUAAGCACUUGCUGCGGUGAUAAUGAAGCAAAUAGCAGUUCUCCAUUAAGUCCUCCAGAAGAGAGCCAAGGAGAUGUAGAUGAAUUUGAGGUGGGAAGAAGGGACAGCCAAGAAGAAGUGAAAGAGUCUAAAGAAAUGUUGACUGUAAAUGAAAAUCAGACUAGUCAUAGUCACUGUUCUGUGAGUGCUCCAGAGGAUGGAACCUUGUCAGAUGGUGAGGAGCAUGAGCAUAAAAAGGCUGAAGAAGCCAUACCAUUCAAAACUGCCCAGUCAGCAGAGGAGAAUCAGAUGGCAGAACAAUUAAAUAAUAAUGACUUGUUGGCUCCCAGUGCACAAGAAGAAGAUUCAAGUCUGUUCAAAACCCAGAGGUCUGGAGGGACGUUUGAGGAACUGCAAAGACUGGUGGAAAACCAUGGCUGUGAAAGUGAAGAGAACUCUGUGCUGAACCUGGAGCAUGUUGCAAUACAGGACUUGCAGGGACAAGUGGAGAACCAGGAAAGUUGUUCUUACAGGGAAAGGUUGAAGACUACAGCCUCAAAAACACUGGAAUCCAUUGAAGAGGAAUUGGAGGGUGGACCACUGUCCUCAGGACCUGCUGAGGGGCAUACAGAGCCUACCACUCUGCACUCCCAGCCAGAGGCAUCAUCGGGGGCAUCACCUCCUAAAGGGAUGAUGCCAAAAGAGACAGAGAUGAGAAAAGAGGCAGCUGGCACAGGUGUGUUGAAACCAGCGAGUAAAAGCAGUGCCCUGGAGGAAACUUCACCUCCUGUUACUCCCCCGACAUCCCCAACUUCUGGAACUGCCUGGGGUGGUCACUUUGCACCUACCAUAGUCAAGGAUGUGAACCCAGAAGUGCUCAGGAGUGGAGUUGCCUACCUGCCUGGUACAAGAGACAAAUCAGGACGUGCAGUGGCCAUAAUAACAACAAGGAGCACAGCCUGGUUAAACCCUCACUGCAACACCACUGAGCUUGUACGCCUCCUUCUGUACUUGCACAGCAUCCCAAGACCAGAAUGUCAGGCUUUGGGUCUGACUGUUCUUGUGGAUGCUCGUCGCUGUUCUCCCGUUCCUGCUCUCUUCAAGGCCUUCAGCAUGUUGCAGGAGAUGGAUCCUCACUGUAUUCAUGGAGUCCUGCUUCUGGUUGAAAAAGAUCUGACUUUUCGGAUGGAGAAGCCACCAGCAGGACAGUUUGAACUUCUCACCUCCAUGAAAUCCCUCCAUAAGCACAUAGACAGCUCCCAGCUGCCUCUGGAGCUGGAAGGGACCUUCCCGUACUGCCACCAGAGCUGGCUGAGCUUCCGCAGGAAACUGGAAUACUUACUACAACAAUGCCAGGGUGUUUGUGCCUUCCUUCAGGGAGCUAUUAAUAAAGUGGAAUCCACAAAAUUACCAGGAAAGGCUGAGGAUGCAGCUGUGCUGCUGAGGAAUUCAAGGCAGUUGAUGAAGAAUGUUCUUGAAGAUGCAAGUUUGGUCAGGGUGCAGCAGGAGGGUGGAGCGCUCCUCGCCAGACUGGGGAAGGAGGCGUCCUGUGUCACCCUUACCCAAGACUACAGAGAUGCACUCGAUGCUGCCAGCGUGCUUUACAAUCAAGUUGAUGAGGGCGUUCACCGCCUGGUGAUGCUGUCAAACAAGCGCAUCCAGGAGCUGGAGCUGGUGAUGGAGUUCGAGAAAGUGGAAGAGUGUUUUAAGGAGGUCAGCAGUUGGAUUGAGAAUGUUGGCAGAAAACGGCUAAAGGAAACUGUCAACCUGGAUGAUUCUUUGGAGAUGCUGCUUCAAGCACAAAAGCAGUUCAAGGAGUUUGAUCUUGUUGCCAGUGAAUAUUGCAAAAGGGGACAGGAAGCAUUAAAGAAGAUGAAUCAAUGGGAAGACCUUUCCUUUGUGGAUGUGCAUUCUUACAGGGUAAAGCUGCAGACCUAUGAAGAUGAGCUGGAGGAUUUCUGCACCCAGCUGGAUGAAACGAGGCACCGAGUCUGUGAAACAGUCAGGCUGUAUGAAUUCUUUGACAAGGCGUACGAGUGGGCCUUGGACGGGAUGCGACACCUUGCGUGUAUCAGCAUGGAGGACUGCAGCUCCGCCGAGCACUGUGCAGAUGUCAUCAAGUGCCUGGAGAGUUACAAGGGGCAGCACCCGGACAUCAGUGCUGCCCGGUUCCAGGAGAUGAAGGAACUGGCCUGUGAGCUGAAGAGUGACAAGGGGCUCAAGCAGUGGAAAUUUGCAUGGUCUAAAUGCCAGGAGACCAAGCUGGUUUUUGAAAAGAAACUGGAAGCAGCCUUGAGAACAAGAAAGUCUCUGCUGUCAGACCGCAACCCAGCUGUGGGGGAGCAGCCCCAGGCUGGCAGUGAGACUGGCACUCUGUCCCACCGGAGGCACUCUGAAGGGGCCACCUCCAGGUCCCACUGGGACAGGACUCAGAGCACAUCUCAUGGCUACAACAGAAGCAACAGCUGUCUGGAGUGGACUAGGGAGAAAGCUCCCUCGCCCUCCCUGAGCUGCCCUGGAGAUGCUGAUGCUGGGGAAGUAUUUGUCUGCCCAGCUCCUCUCAGCCCUGGUCCUCACUCAAGCAGAAUUUCUUUCGCCAGCAGGGCUUGUAAGUCUCCAGUGCUGCCUGAAGAAAAGCUAAACCUGGAGAGCAUUUUAGAAGCCCCAGAGGUGAAGCAGUCUUGUACAUCCACUCCAGUCCCUGGGAAGCUGCCUCCCAGGAAGGUGCUCCGGAAGGCCCAGAGCUUUGACCUGCCUUAUGGUGAGAGCCUGUGGGCCAGCUGCCAGAGGAGCGAGCCAGCCAGGUACGGCAACACCGGCGUCUUCAUUAAGGGGCUGGAGGUGAGCAGCACUGAGCUGGUGGACAGGACGUUCGCUCUGCGGCAGCCAGCUGUGAACAGCUGGGCUGCAGACUGCCUGCUGGAGGGACAGAGGGGCUGCCUCUCCGGGUCAGAAGCCAAGAGCUGGGGCAGCAAACUGCGGCACAUCAUCGAUGAGAUGGUGACCACGGAGCGAGAGUACGUGCGGUCACUCCGCUACAUCAUCGACAGCUACUUCCCCGAGAUGGAGCGCCUCGACCUGCCCCAGGACCUGCGUGGGAAGCGCAGCGUCAUUUUCGGAAACCUGGAGAAACUCUAUGACUUCCACAGCCAAUACUUCCUUCGAGAGCUUGAGAGCUGCUGCAACCACCCACUGAGGGUCAGCCACUGCUUCCUGCGACACAAAGACCAGUUUGGAAUGUAUGCGUUGUACAGCAAGAACAAGCCAAAGUCAGACUCGCUGCUGGCCAGCCAUGGGAAUACCUUCUUCAAGUUCAAGCAGGUGCAGCUGGGGGAUAAGAUGGACCUGGCCUCCUACCUGCUGAAACCCAUCCAGCGGAUGAGCAAAUAUGCCCUGCUCCUGAAGGACCUGAUCAAGGAGUGCAGCGAGGCACAAGAGCAGGAGCUGGGCUAUCUCCGUGCUGCUGAGGAGAUGGUGAAGUUUCAGCUCCGGCAUGGAAAUGACCUGCUGGCCAUGGAUGCCAUCCGUGACUGUGACGUGAACCUGAAGGAGCAGGGGCAGCUGGUGCGGCAGGACGAGUUCACCAUCUGGCUGGGCCGCAGGAAGUACCAGCGACACGUCUUCCUCUUUGAGGACCUCAUCCUCUUCAGCAAGCCCAAGAGGAUCGAGGGUGGCUUUGAUGUGUAUAUCUACAAGCGCUCCUUCAAGACUGCAGACAUUGGUCUGACAGAGAACUGUGGAGACAGCGGCCUGCGCUUUGAGAUCUGGUUCCGAAGGCGGAAGUCCAGUGACACCUACAUCCUCCAGGCCAGCUCAGCUGAGACUAAGCAGGCCUGGACCAGUGACAUUGCCAAAAUCCUGUGGCAGCAGGCAGCCCGCAAUAAAGGUGUGAUUCCUUCCUGGAAUUCCUUCUGUGCCGCAAAAGAAAUCCGUAUGCAGGAGAUGGUCUCCAUGGGUGUGGGUAACAAGCCCUUCCUGGAUAUCAAACCCAGUGAGGCAGCUAUUAAUGACCGUGCUAUCGAUUACAUCAUGAAAGGCAGAGGUGCCAGGACCAGAGCCUCAAUUGCAGUGUCUCUGUUUGACCAUUCCAACCCCUUCAAGAGGACACAGACGCAGCUCUCCACUGGCAGCACCCCCACUGCCUAUUCCCCUUCCUCCUCCUCCUCCCUUCUGGGGCCCCUCAACCUCCACAUGUACCUGGACCAGGCUCUGCUGCCAGGGGUCCUGGCCCCCAGGCGCCCCUUUGACAUUGGCACUUGCAUCGAGGAAGAUGAGCUGGAGCAUGAGACAAGCAGCCAGCCCUCAAUGACAACAGAGAGCUCAGAGUCAUCGCACUGCAUGUCAGCCACUGGCUCCAGCGGCUCCGACAGUGGCUGUGUCUCCAACGUCCCACAAGAAAGCUUCUGUGAAGACAUGGGCUCGCCCCCUUACAUGCCUGUAGGCCCACAGCACAGCUCUGCCAUGGAGGGCAGACCCAGGUUCACAAACAGCCAGUACAUUUCUGCAGUAAGUGCAAGCAGCCAAAACACUCCCUUCACUUUGCCUGCUCCUGUACCUGCCUCCCCAGUUCAAGCCACUGCCUCUCACAGGGGGACUGAAGAUGCUGCUUUUGGGCUUGGGGUGACUGUGGGGAAGUGACAUUUCCUCUUGCAGAGACUUGGCCCCUCUGGGGCAGGCAAGAGCCUCUGGUGCAGGAGCCACCCCUGCAGUGGCCAGGAUCCCUGAGGAGAUGAGCUGGAAAGGACCUGCAGUGCUGGAGACUGCACAAGGAGGAGAUGUUGCACAAACAGGAGCUAUAAUGGUGCCAUGGGCUGGGGUACAUAUAUAACCUCCUGGAAUGGCUGGAGCUCUGCUGCACAUGCUGCCAAGCUCCUUUCCUGGGAGGUUUGGGCGUUUUUUGGGGAAUGAUGAGAGGGAGUAGUGGGAGCCUGUUGCUCUGAGAUGUCGGUGUGUUCCUGAGAGUUCUCAGCUGCUUCCCUUCCCACUAGAUCCUGUCCUGAUGCUGUUGUCCUCUAACCCCCUACUAACACUGGCUUCUCUCUUCUGCAGAAAGCAGGCCAGGUCACCAUAAGCCCCUCAAGAAUAGUGUGAGCCCCUCGGCCCCGCCUCAGGAAGUGGAGUUGUUGUAAGUAGCCCCUGCAGGGGAUUUUCCAGCAGUUCUGAGUGCUGGUCAGGUUUGUCAGUAGCUCUGAGUCAGGGGAAUCUCACCCUCAGCUCCUCUGUGAGUUUUCCCCAUGCAUUCCUGACUGGUGUCUGAGGCUCUGAUUCAUCUGGUUACAGAGGAGCAGCUCCCAUGGAGCCACACUCUGAACAGCUGGUUUGAUGCUUUCUACCUUGCAGAAGCAAAACAAACAAAAUCACGUUCAGGUACUAAAGGCUUGACCACCUCCUGAGUGUUCAGAUGAGCUGCUUUCCUCUGAAUGCUGCCCACCUGUCUAACCACUAAUCUACUUCUUGUGGCUGUUUGCCAAAAUCCUGCUCUUAGUCCCUCUGAACUGCCUUGGGGAAUCCCAGUAAUUCUCCCCAAGGCAGGUUUAUCCCACAGUUUCCUUUGAAUCUCCAGAGGAAAUGGUACUUUGCCAGACAAAGGAACCUGCUAGGUUAUGGUCAGGAUGUCCUGAGGUAGCUGCCAGAGGUUGCUUCAGUAUUUAGGGAUUUUGGGAGGAUGCCUUGUCUGGAAGGAAGUCACUGUUGAUCCAGGGAGGAUGAACCCUGACAGGACUUGCAGCCAGGCAGGGCUCCUGCUCGUGGCUGGCAGCCCUUGAUGUCUUGUCAGGACCCACUCAAACCAGCCUGCUCUUGUCUCAGCCUUUUCCUCUCUGUCCUUGGGGCUGAGCCUCCCCUGUCACAGGGAGCAGAGGGGUAUGGGAGAGGCAGGAUUAGGGCUUGAAUGGUCAAGGCACAGAGUGGUGAAUGGCUCAUAGGUUUGGCACUGUGGGGUGUGGCACCAUGCAGGCCCAUGUCUUGUGACCUGCAGGGGCAGGAGUUCAGAACCAGCUGUACAGAACCAGCCAAGGUUCAGAUGUGAGAUCCUGAGCCCCUUCUGGAGGGUCACAGAUGAGAUUUUUGAAGUGGCCACAGAAGCAGUAGGGACAGCAGCACAAAGCCUUUGGGCGAGGCCUGAGACACAGAGGGAUGAGCUGUGCAUCUCCUGCAAGGAGAUUGUUCUUUCCCCACCAAAAAAUACCUCUGACAAGCAGUGGAUUUCAAGUGUUUUGUGAAGUCACUGCUGGCCAGGACAGAGGGACCUGUGGGAUCCUGCCACAUCCCAGGAGUGCAGCUGGUCUAACCCAUUGCACGGUGCUGUGUUCCAGGUUUGAUUGCCAUUUCAAACUCACUGAAGAUCCCAGGCCUCUGACCAGCAGAAGGACACAGUCUUCAUUCUUGAAGAUAUUUUUUUGCCCAUUAUCAGGCUCUUUCAGACAGCCCAAAAUUUGACCUCUGCCUGAGGUGAAGUCCCAGGAAGGCUUCUGUCAACUAAAUGUAAUAGCUUUGGUGUUGGAUGGGACCUUGGGCAUUUAAAGCUCAUUAGCCUUAUAUUUAUAAGUAAUAAGUAACAUAGCAGUUUGGGAAAAAAAAAGUAUUAUUUUUAAAGCUAUGAGUUGUACAGAUUUUUAUUACAAGUGACUCUGUUACUAUUUGUUGUGUAAGCUGCACAUUUUAUAAAGUUUUUGGAAGGGCAUGAAGAGAAAUUGAGGUAUUUAAAAAAAGUAGUCUAACUUUCUUUUUCAGGGUUAUAGUGACCUGAAGCUCAAGAUUUAACGUCCUUCCUUAUGUUCUAAAUAUGUCUAUUGUAGCAAUAAUUUAUUUCCUUGGCUUAAUACUUCCAUUCUAAUAAAAGCAAUUUCAUUGUUAUGAAUUGUUUCUUCAGAUGGUUCUUCCAAUGCCUUGGUGCUGAGCUAAUCUCUCUCAUAACUAUCUGUCAGCUCUGCCGCUCUGCCUGUGCCACCUCUGCUCUGACUGCCAGCUCCACCUGUAAAUCCUCAGUGCAUUCACCAGAGAAGGAGGAGAUGCCCAGGCAGACUGCCCUGAUGCCAGUGGGGAGGCUGACCCAGAGAGGAGCAGCCAGCAGAGGUGUCAGUAGGAGUGAGGACAAGGGAGCUGUCUGGUGGAGCUCUGGAGGCACCAGAGUUCCUGGCUCUAAUUUUAGCCACUUGCCCCCUGUAGCUGCUGUCCCAGUGCAAGUUCCUCUCUUGCCCUGCUGGCUCAGGUUCCGGUGGCUUAGUUCAGGCUUCAUUGUGCUUUGUCCUGGCUGCAGCCCUGGUUUUGGACUGACAAGCUCCUUGCUUCAUCUCUGACUCAGCCCCUCUUCUGGUACUUCAGUCCCACUGUUGUGGCUUGUUUGAGGAGCUUUGGAUGUGCUGGCAUUCGAGACCAACAGGUUUUGAGCAUAAUGGGUUGAUCAUAAUGCUGAACCUUAAGUGGACGUUGUUUGAAGUAACUGGAGGCCAAACGAGCCCUGUGUUCCAAGGUGGCUUUUUCAUGAGUAACAUCCAAGGUCGCUGUGUGGCUGUGACACCCUCCCUCUGUUCUUGGACAAAAUGAAAAUUAGCAUUUCUGGAAACAGUCGUUACUUGGCUGCCAAGUUCCUGUUUACUCCUGGUUUAUGCAGGGCUGUAAAUCAGGCUCCUGCAGGUGUGGGAGAAGUGCUACAUUUGGCCUGAGGAAGAAGAUGGAGUUGUAAUUUAUUUAACUGCAGUUUUCUCCCCUUGGCAGACAUGGGUGUUACACCCCACAGCCACCCUGGAGACAGUGUCCCUUCAAGUUUGGAAAUUCCUGUACUGUAUGUAAAACACUUGUUUAUUUUUAAUAAGCUGGAUGUUUUUAAACCUUGUUCUUUUUUCAGACAGCAAGGAAAAUACAAUUGACACCUUUGUACAAAAUUGCGUGGGAAACAGUUAUACAGGGAAUAUUUUACAAGUUACUAUUUUGAGAUAAUUGCUGGGUUAAUGCAAAGUUUCUGGACUGUCAAGACAACAAUAGCUCAUGUCAUAAGAGGGAGAGAAGUUACUAAUGCAACAAGAGGAACAUGAAACGUCUGGAAUUUCUCAGUUUCAAAAGUUUCUAAAUUGCUGGACAAACCUUUAGUAUUGUUUACCUGACACUCUUUCUU